UUUGAUACAUCGAUUGAUCAUUGAGAUUGAGCUAUUGUUUAUCUUUAUAACAUUCGCAUUGCUCUGACAUCGUUAGCCGCUAUCUAAUGUCUCAUGAAUGCGCUAGUUCUCUUAUAAUUGGAGUAGAGAUUUUAUAAAAUUCCCACUAUUAAAGAUUUAAAAUAAUGUCAGUUACAGACCAAGAAAUCAUACAAUAUGUUCCGUUUAUGUCUUUCGUUCAUCCAUCAUUCUGGCACAACUUAACUGAUUUAAAAUUAAAUAUUGAUAAAUUAAAUGAGAACACGAAGCAGAUUUAUGGCCGAUUCACUUACCAAGAUGAUAUGGGACCUGUAUUUGAAGUUGAUGGAACAUCUUUUAACAAAGAUCCAGAAACAGAGCAUUUAUACUUGAGCGUAACUGGUACAAUUAUGAAUAAAAAUACAAUUGAAGACUUUAAAAGCAUGGAUAAAGCAUCUCUGCUUAAUAGUUUGGGAGAAAUAAUUUGGCAAAACAUAGAAACAGAAUCUUGGAUUAAUAAUCCACACACACUCUUAAACUUUUUUGUACUCUCAUUUGCAGAUCUGAAAAAGUUUCACUACUACUACUGGUUUGCUUUUCCAACACCUAGUCAACCAACAGUAUACAUGAAAGAAAAGAGUUCACUUGCAUCCUCACAUUUCAACAAUAAGCAACUAGAGGACAUUGCACAUGAAUAUAAAGCACUGGAUAUGAUGCAGAAAUACUUUUUCGUAAUUUCCAAGGAAAAUGAAAAGAUUAAGGUCCAUAAGUUAUCUGAUAUUGUUGGAAAUGAUAUUCUAAAGGACACUUUGAAAGUUGAUAUUUCCAAGAUAUAUUUUGCUUUCUCUGAUCCAAGUAAUAAUUGCAACCCUGGAUGGCCAUUAAGGAUUUUUAUAGCAGCUCUACUGCAAUUUUCUCCCCAAUUGAGUAAAUCAGAUAUAAAGGUUUUAGGCUUGAGGUUAAAUAAAACUGGUUCUGCGGAUAACAGUCGCAUUUUUAUCAUAAAUGCCACUGAGAAUAGUCAUUCUGAUGGCAACAAGGGAUGGGUUGGAUGGGAGAGAAAUAAUAAAGGCAAUUUUGGACCCAAACUAGCAAAUAUGUCGGCAUCUAUGGAUCCCAUAAGAUUGGCUGACACAUCAUCGGAUUUAAAUAUUAAACUAAUGAAAUGGAGAUUAGUACCAGAACUCGAUGUGGAUAUCAUGAAGAGAACGAAAUGUUUGUUAUUGGGUGCUGGGACGUUAGGGUGUCAUGUAGCUCGAGAUUUAUUAGCAUGGGGUUUCCGUCAUAUUACUUUUAUCGACAACGGAAAAGUCUCAUUUUCAAAUCCAUCGCGCCAAGUACUAUUUACGUAUGAAGACUGUCUUAAUGGCGGGAAAAUGAAAGCAGUCGCAGCCGCCGAAAAUCUAAAACGAGUUUUGCCUACUUCUAUGAGUAGUGGAUUAUCAGUACACAUUCCAAUGCCAGGACAUCCAAUAGGGGAUUCCCUGAAACCUGAAACAAUAGAGAAUAUUAAGCAAAUUGUAGAAGCAAUCGAGGAACACGACGUUAUAUUUCUUUUAUUGGAUACAAGAGAGGCGAGAUGGUUACCCACUUUGUUGGCAGCUCAUUAUGGAAAGAUAGCAAUCAACGCGGCUCUCGGUUUCGAUAGUUAUUUAGUUAUACGACAUGGCUUAGGUAUGUCAUCUCCAGACGCUGAUGUAAAGAGUCCUCACGUAAAUGGUGCACAGCUUGGAUGCUACUUCUGCAACGAUGUCACCGCGCCCGGGAAUUCUAUAAAGGAUCGAACACUGGACCAACAAUGUACAGUAACUCGGCCUGGUGUCGCCGCCAUCGCGGGGGCUCUUUCUGUUGAACUAUUAGUUGCGCUAUUACAACAUCCACUACGAAUCAAUGCACCAGCACCAUAUAAUUUAUCAGAAGAAGAAGAUUCAACAUCUAAUGGUGUCCUUGGACCAAUACCUCAUUCGAUAAGAGGAUUCUUACACUCUUACCAGACUGUUACACCAACUUGCACUAAAUUCAGGCAGUGUAUCGCUUGUUCUGAUGUAGUCAUUAAUAUGUAUAGAGAAGAAGGAAUAGAGUUUCUGUUAAAAGUAUUUAACAGUGGAACUUAUUUGGAAGAAGUGACUGGAUUAUCGGAGUUGCAUUUGACUGCUGAGAUUGCUGAUGUAAGUCAUUUUAAAUGUCCAUCUGGUAUAAGCUGUGUUUGUAGCUGAUCAUGCAAUUAUUCUUUUCCAACACUAAGGGGUAAAAAGUAAUUUGUGGCCCAGUCCCAGCUCUACUAAACGCGAAAAAAUUCAUAGAAGUUGGUAAACUCGCUGCGAAUUUUAUACACACCAUAUGCAGUUUGAUCCAACUUACAAGAUAGGAUAGUUAAAUUAUUUUUUGUUAAAAAUAUUGAAAAAAAAUAAAUAAAAUAUUGAACUGACUUCACAACAAUACAAAAGUGAGAAGUAAAUUAACAUAAUUACUAUAAAUUCUACCAUACUAUCUAUAUGAAGUCAGUGCCAACCAAGCUAAAUACAGUAAUGGAUUGCUACUUGUGAUAUAUUUUGGAGGUAGAAUCCAUCUGUUAUCUACUCCCAUUAGACCUGGCCAAAAAAACACAGACGUACAUAGAACCUGCUGAUCCUGCUGUUUUGGACGUCGGUUGAAAAGCUUUGUGUUUAGAAUUGUUAACAUUUCCAUGCUCAUGAUGUAAUUCUUAACAAUUCAUAAAAU